GGUUUUUUCUGUAAUAGAUAAAAGCUUGAGUUCGACGGCGGUCGUCACGUCAGGUGUCAAAUGUAACGAAAAUUCAUGGCGGGAAAGCUCCAUUGAGUAAUGAGAGCUUUGAAUUUGAGCGGUUAAUAAACAAAUUUUCGCUCUAUGACAAUCUAAUUUUCUUCCCCAAAAGUUUUCUUCGCUCUUCUGAAGGCCUCAGAAAAAUCUAUCCUUGCUGCGAAAAGUUGAAGCUAUGGAGUCAAAUUUGUUUGAUAAACCUGAAGUUGAAGUUGAAGCCAUGGAGCCAAAUUUGACAGCAAAUGCCAUUUCUGUCAUGAAUAAUGGAGCCACAGAUCUUCAGCCAAUUGUACAAGUUUUGGACAUCAAACAAAUUGGGCCACAAACCUCUCAGGAACGGUACAGAACGGUUCUAUCAGAUGGGACACAUAUGCAGCAAGCAAUGCUUGCUACACAGCUUAAUCAAUUAGUCAAAUCAGGAAGGAUUCAGAAGGGGUCUGUAGUUCAAUUGACAGAGUAUAUAUGUAAUACCGUGCAGAGUCGCAAGAUUAUUAUAGUUUUGGGCAUGGGAGUUGUAGCUCUUAACUGUGAUAUAAUUGGUGAACCAAGGCCAAUGGUAGAUGCAAAUGCUCAGCAGCAACAAAGAGUUUCCAUGCCAGUUCAACAGCCACCCCAGGCUCAAGCUUCUCCACGUGCUCAACCUGCACAGCCAUAUGCCGGCCCUUACAAUGCAGGGUCAAGGGCAGGGCCAAAUCUGAAUCCAGCAUCACCAAUAAUGAAUGGAAUUUAUCAAAAGAGUGAGCCUGGCACAGGGACAGCAGGUCCACCUCGUAUGUCUGCUACUGGGUCAUAUGACAAGCCUGCUCAGCCAUACAUAAAUUCAGUCCAAAAGCCUUCAAACAGUGGACUUGGUGUGGCAGCUGGCAGAGGAAUGAUUGCUCAAACAAAUAUGUAUGGCCGCCCAGCUAGUACCCCUUCCUAUCAGCCGCCUUCUAUGUAUUCAAACAGAGGACCCAUAGCGAGAAAUGAAGCACCUCCAAGAAUUAUUCCUAUUUCUGCUUUGAAUCCCUAUCAGGGCCGGUGGACUAUCAAAGCAAGAGUCACUGCCAAGGGAGAUCUUCGUCGUUUUAAUAAUGCAAAAGGAGAUGGGAAAGUUUUUAGUUUUGAUCUUCUUGAUUCUGAAGGAGGAGAAAUACGCAUAACAUGUUUUAAUUCAGUUGCAGAUCAAUUUUAUGAUCGUAUUGAGAAUGGAAGAGUAUACAUGGUUUCCAAGGGGAGUCUGAAACCGGCACAGAAAAAUUUCAACCACUUAAACAAUGAAUGGGAAAUUUUCUUGGAGUCUACAUCAACAGUAGAGGCUUGUUUGGAAGAGGAUAACUCGAUUCCGCAGCAGCAUUAUAACUUUAGGCCAAUCAGUGAAAUUGAGCACAUGGAAAAUAAUUCAAUGGUAGACAUUAUUGGUGUUGUCAUCUCCAUUAAUCCUUCCAGCACUAUAAUGAGAAAAAAUGGAACAGAGACCCAGAAAAGAGCGCUUCAGCUAAAGGACAUGUCGGGGUGCAGUGUUGAGGUAACAAUGUGGGGGGCAUUCUGCAACAAGGAGGGCCAACAACUUCAAGAAAUGUGUGAUUCAGGAACCUCCCCCAUCCUGGCUGUUAAGGCUGGCCGAAUAAGUGAUUUUAGUGGGAAAUCUGUGGGAACAAUCUCUACCAGCCAGCUUUCUGUGAAUCCAGAUUUUCAAGAAGCACACAAAUUGAGAGACUGGUAUGAGAAAGAGGGAAGGAACAUUGCCCCCCAGUCCUUAUCCAAAGAAGGUGCUGGUGGUGGCCGGGUUGACAUGCGAAAGAUGGUAUCCCAGAUUAAAGAUGAGGGACUUGGUAGAUCCGAGAAACCCGAUUGGAUUUCAGUCAAAGCAACUGUAUCUUUCAUUAAGGUUGAUAAUUUUUGCUACACUGCUUGCCCUUUGAUGGUUGGAGACAGGCAGUGCAAUAAGAAGGUGAAUAAUUUUGGAGAUGGAACCUGGCAAUGUGAAAGAUGCAAUAGUAGUUUCCCUGAAUGUGAUUACAGAUACCUGCUUCAAGUCCAAGUGCAAGACCACACUGGAUUAACAUGGGUUACUGCUUUUCAAGAAGCAGGGGAGGAAAUCAUGGGGGUCCCAGCUAAGCAAUUGUACAUGUUAAAGAAUGAAGAACAAGAUGACAGCAAAUUUGGGGAAAUUAUUCGUAAGGUCCUUUUUAACCAGUUUUUGUUUAAACUGAAAGUAAAAGAGGAGACAUACAAUGAUGAACAGAGAGUGAAGUCGGUGGUUGUGAAAUCAGAAAGAGUGGAUUAUUCAUCUGAGAGUAAAGUUUUACUAGAUCUUAUUGGUAAGCUUUCUAGAGGAGAACCUAUUAGUGGGACAUCAGUCGCAACGACAAAUUUGGGAAUCAAUGCAGGAUAUGCUGGCAUGGGAAGUAUUUCAGGUGGCAGCUUCGGUGGCAAUGGACUGGACACGAAUCAAGGAGGUGGAUACUAUGGUAAUUCAGGUGGUUAUGGGGGAGUGCCAAAUGGGAGUUCAUCUCCUAUUUCAUGUUACAAGUGUAAAAGAAGUGGUCAUUUUGCAAAGGAUUGCCCGGAUGGUUCUGGUGGUUAUUCUGGGGGUGGCCUCAGUAGUGCAUAUGCAAAUUCUGGGGGUGGCCUCAGUAGUGGAUAUGCAAAUUCUGGGACAAAUACAAGCUCUACAUCAUGCUAUAAAUGUGGUCAACCUGGUCAUUUUGCAAAGGACUGCCCUAAUGGUUCCGGUGGUUAUUCUGGGGGCAGUCUCAGCAGUGGGUAUGCAAAUUCUGGGGCAAAUACAGGUUCUACUUCAUGCUAUAAAUGUGGUCAGUCUGGUCAUUGGGCAAGAGAAUGUCCAGGUCAAGCUGGGGCGCAAGCAACUUAUGGUGGAGUUGCAACAGCCAGCUAUGGCAUGAGAAGUGGUGGGUAUGGUGGUUAUUGAACAGAAUGAAAGCAUAAUUUUGACAUCGAUCAGUUUUUUAUGGUUUUAAUUGACAGGCUGUGGGAUGUUAUAAUUGGCUGGGUUGCCUUAGUUUUGAAUGUUAACCUGCCUUGAAAUUUGACAUUAGAGCUGGGUUUUGAGGGAAAUGUGUCUUAAGUUGAUAGGUGAAAUUAACAUCAAAAUCUAAUUGAUGUUCCUUUCCCAAUGACAUAGGCAGGUUAUUGUGCAGUAUGUCAUGCUCAUUUAGUUGGCUUUAAAAGGUCCUAUCAGUCAAAGUGGUCAUGCUCAUUUAGUUGGCUUUAAAAGGUCCUAUCAGUCGAAGUGGUCAUGCUCAUUUAGUUGGCUUUAAAAGGUCCUAUCAGUCGAAGUGGUCAUGCUUUUUAGAUCCAUAUGCUGGUUUUACCAAACUACGGUGAAUGUACUGAAUCGUUUGUUCUCUUUCUGGUUUAUCUCCAUUAGAAUGUAUAUGCACCUGGUUUUAUCACAUAUUUUAGGAAUUUGAAUUCUUAAAGGCUGGGAUGGUAACCAUGAAUGUUACAUUUUCUUGUACGAAUGUUACGUGCUAUGGCAUCAUUCUCCAUUAGAUUGGAAUUUUUGGAUUAUGCAGAAUAUUUCUGUCA